CAAACUACAUGUCCUUUCAGCAAACGGAACCCGGCUGCAACAAACAAUUGACUUUUGACCCAGUGACAGUUCGCGACUUGUUGACAGGUCCUUACAAUAUUACCACUGCCGCGAAGCAAUACACAACUCGGUGGCCUCCAAAACCAGCAUUUUACCGACUUCGCCAGACAGGAUAUAAAAAUGGCCUGGUCACGUAUGAUAUUGAAUUUUGCGAGAUGCUGAGAAAACCUAGCACCGAAAUAUUGCAGGCGUUCAGAAGGAAGGGCUAUGAAAUCAUGUUUUCGUUUGUCACUUCCACCCACAACCAAAGAAUUGCUUGCGUAAAUAUCCGCAAUCCCAUUCAUCAACCGCCGAAGUUCACUAUCCUCUAUUCUCAAUGCAACUGUACGGACCUCGGCUGGACUUUGCCUGAGUUGUUGGCCAUAUGCCAGACGUUGUAUUGCGACCUCGUUGCAUACGAUUACAGCGGCUACGGUCAGAGCGAUGGUCGACCGAAAGAAUCGAACGUCUACUGCGACAUCGCCGCCGUCUACGACUUCGCUGUGGACAAGUUGCUUGUGCCACAGGAAAGCAUCAUUGCUUGGGGCUUCUCGUUGGGAUCGGCUGCUUCCAUUGACCUCGCCUGCAGGCGUCCUUUGAAAGCGCUGAUUCUGCAUUCGACCUUUCCUUCCGCCCUUCGCAUUGCCUUC